AUGCUCUUAUCCGUUCAGGCGCUCACGGCCACUCCGCAGACCUGCUCCAAUGGCGCUGCCCCGGACGGCGCCCGCCAACUCCUCCUGCUUCCACCCGCGAGCCCUCGCCAGCCCGGCCUCCUCCCUCAGCUAACCCGAUCCCCAUCCUCUCUCCUCUGUCUCCGUUUCCCAUUUUGCAGCGUCGGCACCAAGGUCUUCGUCGGACUGAAGGCGCAGACCAGGCUCGGCUCGUCGGAGUCGUCGUGCCCCAAUGUCAACGCCCGGUUCUACACCGCCGUCAACCGGAGGGUCUCACUGGGGUUAUCGAACAAGAGAGCUACCAGGGCACGUAUUUCAAUGAUGCCUGUUGGUACACCACGGGUACCUUACAGAACGCCUGGUGAAGGAACCUGGCAAUGGCUUGACAUAUGGAAUGCUUUAUAUCGUGAACGUAUUAUCUUCAUUGGGGACACUAUCGAUGAAGAAUUUAGUAACCAACUAUUGGCAAGCAUGCUGUAUCUAGACAGUGUUGAUGACUCAAAAAAGAUUCUUCUAUACAUCAACGGUCCAGGAGGCGAUCUUACACCAUGCAUGGCAUUAUAUGAUACCAUGCUAAGCCUAAAAAGUCCUAUUGGUACUCAUUGCCUGGGCUUUGCAUUCAACUUGGCAGGAUUCAUUCUUGCAGCUGGUCAGAAGGGUUCACGUACUGGUAUGCCUCUUUGCCGGGUUUCACUUCAAUCACCUGCUGGAGCAGCUCGAGGCCAGGCUGAUGAUAUAGAAAAUGAAGCUAACGAACUUAAUCGGAUCAAAAACUAUCUUUAUGGCAAGUUAGCAGAGCACACAGGUCAUUCUGUUGAUCAGGUUCAUGAGGACCUAUCCAGGGUGAAGCGCUUCGAUGCUGAAGGAGCCCUCGAAUACGGAAUCAUCGACCGUAUCGUUAGGCCAUCUCGGAUCAAGAAAGAGGGCGGCUCGACCACUGGUCAAAAGAAGGAUCUGCGAAACCUGGGGCUUGGUUAAAGAUAGAUGUUAUCUUGUGUAUCAGAGUUAGCGUUAGACUGCCACUAGUUUCCACGUUUGAUCUUGCUUUGGAACCUUGAUGCUUCCUUUUACCAGUUCAUGUGGAGGCAUGAGAUUUAGUAGUUUGUUGUCUCCAGUUCCCCUAGACUUCAGGCAACAACAUCAGGCAGAGGUGAUCCGUGGCAGCAUUUGUUUUUUUUUCCUUA